AUGGAGAGGGCACCAUCACCGCCGUUGACGCCGAUUCGCUCGUACAUGUCACCGAUCGAAACGUCAACGUCACCCAGCUCACAGUAUCGCGAGCAUCUGCGGCGCCGGACAAGCAGCUUUUCCUCUAACAACGAUCGGAGUCCCACCACACCGCGCGAUCGCCACCGCUUUUCAAAUGCCUCGCAGCUUUCCGCAGACUUUGGUAUGGCCGGCGAUGAAGAGCCAGGCGGUGGAAAUUUGGGCAAUCUGGCCGAUGAACUUGAUCAGUUGAGCGAUGAAGAGUACGAAGAAGGCGUGACAGAGGAGGGCGGCGACGGGAUGGAGGAUCCGAGCAAGGAGGAGAUAUCGCGAGACUCGGGCAUCGAUGUCUCGUAUGCCAAUUCAUCACAAAGUGGGUCCUCACACCACGUUCGCAACUUCUCAAAACCCUUUGGCGGCAACGGCGACAAGCCGCCCGAUGGCCACCAUGAGCCCGAGGCUGAUCGGGACGAGGAGUCUGCCAAAUUUUCAUCUGACCUGGAGGAUUUCAUGACCACCAUCGCGCGAAUGACUUCGUACACCACCACUUCCGAGGAUCCUCUCAUCCCACGCACAAUUGCGCAGCUACAAGAUCUGGGCAACCAAACGAGUCUGGAGGCUGCUGCGCAGAGACUCACCACCUCGACCAAUAGCACAACUUCACACCUCAACGCCCAAAGCAAAAGCCUACAGACUCUGGCCCAGAGUCUAUAUCCCAUGUUUGCAUUCUCAGCUCCACUCGAUCCUGGCAUCGCCGAGGAAACCAUUCCGAUGGUAGAGUCAUUACAAGAGCACGUCCCGCACCCUGAUUUGCUUACCGUGCAGAAACUUCAGAGGCUUGACCGUGAGACGGCAGACGUUCUGCAUGCGCUGUCCCAGAUUACAGACACCCUUCAAAUGGGCAAGCAAAUCACUACAACGGCUGCUCGUAAUCUGCGUCAAACUCAGACUAUGGUCAUUGAACUACGGAGGGAGCAGGAGCGCGCGGAGCUCGCGAGGCACGAACUUGCAAAGAGUGAUUGGGACGAGAAGCUGCAGAGUCGAUGGUGCGGCACUGAGUGCAAAGACAUCAUUUCGGGAUUCGAGGAUCAAUGCAAGAUGCUGAGGGGGCGCUUGGAAGAAUCAAUGGAAGCUGGCGCGUGA